CCAUAAUCUGAUAAAAAAACCAUGAUAGUACGUGCACCAAUAUUGUUGGGAAGCCUCCAUUGUCUCUUUCUUGAACCUUUCCAUGGUCAUGUUUGUCUCCAAUUGUGGGCAACUGUUUUUGAAUAUAAGCAAUGGAAAUUCGGUCACGGGCUUGGGGUACCAUCACAAUUGUCUUUAUUUUUCUAUACUAACCUUGCUCGAAUCAUAGCUCAACUUUAAUAUAAAGUAUAAUAUAGACAAAAAGUGAUUUUCCUAAUUUGAUAAUUUGAAGCCCGAACAGUACGCCUUGAAAAUUAAAAUCGAACCACUUGCUCCAAAGUUCAAAGUUUGAACCAUGUGGAGAGGGAACGAUGCAUCAUCAUCACCAUUAGAGGUGCUAGAGUGGCCCAUCCCUUCCCUAGCCGUUGUCCUUAGCCUCCAACGGCCAAAUCCCACCUCCACUAUAUAUGAAUUCAAAAACCCUCACUCUUUUCAACAGCAAAAACUCUGGACAAUUCCAACAUCAACCAAAAACAUGGCCUCCUCUAAGCUUAGAAGCUCGUGUUCUUUCCCAAGCCUUCUCCUUUCAUGCUUGAAUUUCACUCUUUUUAUCCUUUCCUCAGCCUCUAUAGUUCCCAUAGUUCUCCUCAAAAUGCCUCCGACUUCACUGGGUUUUGCGUUACUUGUUGGCUCUUGCAUUUCUCUACUCUCCUCCUUCGUUGGCUUCUACUCUCAGCUCACUCACAUGUGUUGCAUAACCCAUGUUUCUCUUCUCCUUGCCUCUCUAGUUGGACAAGUCUUGAGCAUAUUAGCCUUGUUUACAAGAGAGAAGCCCAGCCUUGCUAUGCUCAAAUCCAGCAGAGACCCCAGAGAGGCGAAGCUCUUGGUGAGAUUGGAAUGUGGGGUUUUGAUGGCGAUGCUUAUGAUGCAGCUGGUUGUGUUAGUGUUGAGUUGUGCCGUGCAUAACUGUUGGGUUAGAGAGUACGAGGGGUUGGAAGCUGAGAGGGAGGCUACAGCCAAGAAGAGGAGCAGAAGGAUUGCAAGAGUACAAGAGGAAUCCAUGGCAAAUGUAGCUAAAAUUGUCGAAAUUAAAGAGAAGGAGUUUGAUGAUAAGAUGAAGAGCAAGUACGGCCACAGCCAGUGGGUUAAAACAGAUUUUGAAGGCUAAAACUCUCUCUGGUCCUUCACGCUCGGAAUUGUAUUAUCUGAUGCAUUUCUACUGGUUUUGCUGUUUCUGCCCCUUCAGGGUCACUGCUGUGGUGGCCAUGGAUGCUCUUAUUAGAUUGUGUGUUUUAUCGCCAUAUUUAGUGAAAUGCAUUUCUUUGUUUUCUUCCAUA